UAGAGGGCGCACUUCGGUCAUUCACGAAUGUCGAUCUGCAAACCCGUCGUCUGUGUCCCGUAAAAACUUGCUACCGAAAAGCUCAUUUUGCGUCCCAUAACAACGAAAGUAUUUUGUUUUUAGCAUUCUUGACGUAAUCCUGGUGGCAUGAUGGACCUAUCUGAUGUGCCGGAAGAAAGGAUCGAGCUUGAAAGGGGGACAACAGGACUGGGUUUCAAUAUUAAAGGUGGACGGGACCAGCCUCAUGUACCACGUGACUCGGGCAUCUUUGUGACGAAGAUCCGAGAGGAUGGAGGCGCGGCGAGGGACGGUAGGCUACAGAAGGGGGAUAAGAUCGUUGAGAUAAAUGACAAGGAUGUCAGGAAUGUGCCCCACCAGGAUGCAGUCAAUGAGUUUGUGAAUGCCGGCGAGAAGGUUGUGCUCGUUGUACAACACGGCGCUGAGGAUAUACUCAGGGAACAGUAUGCCACACUUGAGGAAGCAAAGAAAGCCCUGGUCCCGGCAGGCACGUCCUGGAAGUGGGUGGCUCUCGUCGCUGCAGGAGCGGUUGCAAUAGGAGCAAUCUAUUUCAUUGUCAAGCACCGUAAACACUGAGAAAAAAACAAGGACAAAUUAAAUUUACACUUUGUUUUUCUCCCUUACAGGAACUCAAUUCCAACUCAGUCAUAGAUAUAACCAAUAGAUUUAAAUAUUUUGAAACAAGGCGGUGGUAGCACCCCUUUGCGGGCAAUCAAUCGUAGCAGCCUAAUUUGCAUUAGCAAUUCAUGGACACACACACAUACACCAUUUCCGCUUGAUAGUAUCCACCUAGCUGUGAUGACAGAACAAGUUUGUCGCGUAAUCAAAAGGGCUUAUAAUUAUACAUACAUGUACAUAUUGUGAUUACAUGACAAAAACAAAUGAAUUCCUGGCUUUAGUGCAUUUUUGCAUUGUUACCAAGGGUUUGGACUGAAAAGACUUCUAGACAAAAGUGAAUGAACCAAAAUUGCUGUUACUACUCCGAGUGCGUAUUCCUGUUUUAUGGUGUUCAAAUUUUGAAUGAAAACGGUAGGAGCGUUUGUAAUAGAUUAAAGAAUUAGCAAAAUCAUACAGCAUAAAUUAUGGGUUUUUUGUGUGUAAAUGUUCAGUUUAAUGUUGUUCGGCUGUUGAUGUACACAUAGUGUUAAGUCUUUCUUGGCCUCAGCUUUCUUUCAUAUUUUUUUGGUCCCCUUUGCAUUGCUGCAUACAUGUACUUGUGUUUCCCUAAUUUCACCGUUUUCCAUCACUUUAAGGUAGCGAAGUACUUGUACGCAAUGUAACUCACCACAAUGUAGAGACAACACUUAUUGUACUUAAUUCAGCGUUAAUUUUCUUGUCUAUGAUGUCAGAUUUCAGAGGGACCACUGUUGCAUCCAACAGCAACCGCUUGGUUGUAAAUGAAGCCAAGUCCACAUUUGGUUUUUGUAAUGGCUAGGUAUUUCGCAGGAGCUAAAGCCGCAGCCCCAAAAAUGCUGGAUCUCCCAGUGAAUACAUAUUCUUGUCAUGUGUUAAUCGUGCUUCUAGAGUCUAGCUGCAGUUGAACUGAACUUUGUUGAUUUUUGUGAGUUAAAGAUAAAAUAACAAAAGAAUUAGAACAUGUUCAAAUUUACUUUUUUUUUACACUGAGGCCCCCGGCACAAAUUGAAAAAACUGGAGCUUAGCAGAUACAUACAACAUUUUUUAGAUAUAUGUCACCGGAAUAUUACUCAAACUGUUGAGCUUCAAUAUACUAAUCAAUUCAAAUCAGGGCCAAAUUUCAAGGCUCUGCCUACCCUUAGCGCAAAAUCCUUGCUUACUGAAGCAGAAAAUUUCCUGCUUACGGCAAGCGUAUUUCACAGGUUGGUGAGGAUUUUUGGCUGCUGCGCAUGCAUACAUCCUGUGACUAAGGAUUCUGUGCUUACAGGGUUAGCGCAGAAUUCUUCUGCUAGCGCUGUUAGCAAAAAAAUGGUCGCCAUGUCACCUUGUUGAGGUUUCCUCCAUAAUACUUCCUCGUGCAUUUUAACAGGAUUGGUGAUCGUACGCGCAGAAUUCUUUUGUUAGUAGAGCCAUGAAAUUAAGCCCUGCACUGUGUAUCUUAGCGGGAUAUCCCCCUUAGAUUGGACCCAAUUUGGUCAAAUACUGUAACCGUACUGCCGUACCGUAAGUGCGUGUUUCAUCAACAAGAACAUAAAGUAGGUUUAGUAAUGUGACAUGAUGAUUUGAUAGUCAAGUGUGUGAUGUGAUAUGGAGAGGAAACACUUCAGUGUUUCUACACCCAGUCACUGCUCAAUUUUUAGCUUGUAGAAUUUGUAUUAGUGUAUUGCACCCUUUGUUUUCCUUUACGUGUUGCAAACAAGACUGGACAAAUAUACCUGGCCUUUUUUUUUUUUAUUGCUUUUUUGUAGUUUUCUAAAAACGCUUUAAAAAUCAUACAAACAUGUUUUACACUACUACAAAUACAUUUUAAUUUGACUUUUAUAUUAAAAAUAUUGGUUUUGAUAUUAAAGCCCAAUGUUGGUAAAUCUUUCAAAUGAUUUUCACUUUGGACCUUACUGUUGAUUGGUUAAAAUUAAAAGCCUUAGAAUGUCUAUAUGUGGAUGUAAAGUAGAAAUUUUUAAAAUCUUAUGAAUCCCCAAAUAAUUCGCAAAGUAACUUUUGAUUACACGUGUAAGAAAUGAUUAUUAAAUGGUGGUGUAAGUGUUCAAUAUGAAGCACUUUAAAAUGUUCUGUAGCAAGCCCAACUUCAUUUAAAAUGUGGCCCAGAAACAGAAUUAUGUAAUUUCUAAAAAAAAAAAAAGAGUUAUUGUUUGGAACUCCAGAGAUGUAGCUGAGAAGUGGUUUUAGAAAAAAAAGUAUUCAAAUAUUGCUUUUAAUAAACUCAAGUCUUACAAUUUAGUGUAACUGGGAAUUAAAAAUGAAAGUAAUCCGUCAUAUAUUGCUCCGUUCCUUUCCUGGCACAUGUACUUUCAAAAUUAUCGGACGGGUGUCAUUAGAAGAGCUAAAUUAGUGUGGGCAGUUGCAAGUUUUUGAAAUAUAGAUAGGAAUUAGGACAAUCUUCAUCACAUGUUAAAUGGAACAGGGUCUUGUUGAGGUUCUGUGCACAACUGUGCAAUAAUAAACCUACUGUAGUUAUUCCAAAAGACCCUCCAUUUUUUAAUCCUUGCCAGAACAGUUAUGGUGGAAUGAAUAAAGAAAAGAUAUAUUGAAAA